UAAUUAUGCAGAAGGAUAUAAAGAGUUUCUUCCUUGUACGGAGUACGUCUGCUGAUAAGCUUUCGCGCAGCUCGAGUGUGUCUAAUGCAUCAGCUCCCAUUAAUACAGAUUCUAGUCCUGAAUCUGUUCCAGAUAACGUGAAGAACAGCAAAGAGGGAGACAUAACAUCUCUUUCUUCUUUGGGCACGACAUCAUGUGAAUCAACACAGGCAAAUGACUCCGUACAGACACAAAGUCAGCCUUCUCAGGAAGGCUCUCAAGGAUCCAAGGUAGAAUCAGCAGACAUACCUGCUGAGAAGCGCGUUGUUGAAGAUUCAUUUGAAGAUGAUGAGCCUAUAGUCCGGAAGCGCUGCUUAAUGUUUGACGGUGGUUUCGUUCCCAGCAUACCAAAGGAUGACAACGAAAACGAUGCUACUACGGUAGCACCAGAACCGGUUGCAAGUAUUCAACCAGAUAUUUGUGAAUCUAGUGCAUUAGUGAAUCGCAUGGGCUCAAUUGCCAAGCUCUCUCAUACCAAGAAAAGCAGAGCCAAGGAUAUAUUAUCGGAUACCAGUUCAGAUUCAUGUGUAUUUUCAUUUUCGAGUGUUUACACUGACAGUAGUUUGGGCACUUCAUGUAGUGCACUGAGUCGCCUUGAUUCCACCAGUAGCAUUAAAGAUGGCGACCUGGAAGAUGUAGGAUCAGGUGGCGUAUUACAUCGUAGCAGUGGCGACGACUUGGUGGACAGAGCUGAUACACAUUAUCAGGGUCAUGAUGGUGAUGUCGAGGAGUUGAGCUUUGAUGAAGAACGUCAUAGGGCAGAAUCUGAGGCGCCGUCGGCAGUAGAUGAUGGAUCCCAAGUGAAAAUCGUAGAUUUGAGUCAGGUUACAUUGACUGUUGGAAAAGAACCCUUACAUCCAUAUUCACAAAGUGAGGAUUGUGCUACUGAUCAGGAUCGCAAGAUGUACCUUAAUUGUGCUGCCAGUCAAAAAAGUCGUGGCUUUAAGGCAUAUGUAGAAUGUUAUUAUAGAUACAACCAGACAUUUGUAUUCCCUCCUUGGGUAUGUGUUGAAACAAUUAAGGACCGCGAUGGUCGGAAACCUACUGAUGAUAAUUACGAUCCCAGUACUAUUUGGAUACCGCCUAAAGGCCACCGUUGGGCCACUGAAUACCGCAGUGGUCACUAUACUGACUGUAUGCAGCAAUGGUGGAAUAUAAAACAAGAUCGUUUCGACCAGUUACUAUUUUUUAAAAUGGGUCGUUUUUACGAGUUAUUCUAUCAUGAUGCUUGCAUAGUGCAGCAGAUUUGUGGUUUGCGAUGGAUGGGUUCAGAGGCUAAGCCUCAUGUAGGUUUUCCGGAGAAGAGUUUGCAUAUAUACGCAUCAUCUUGCGUUGACCAUGGUUACAAGGUGGUAGUGGUCGAGCAGACUGAGACACCUCAACAAUUAGAGCAGCGCAACCGUGAGAGUGGCCAACGUCAAAAUGCAGUGUCACGUGCUAUUUGUGAGAUCAUAACUCCUGGAACGAUUACCCGUCCUGAAAUGCUAACCAAACAAAGCAGACCUCUUUUGCUUAUAACCGACGUUCACCGUGAAGACAUGGGUACGGCAACGGAUGCGAAAUGCGGAAAUGACGAAGGUUUUACUAGCCCAUCACACAACGAAUCCAAAACAAAGCUUCCGUCAUCUUUAGGUCGUAGGACAUUUGAAUUGCCUCGAUGCUUAGAGUCUGGGACUGGUCGCAUGUUUUGUGUAUGUUCCUUUGAUGCUUCUGUGGGUUCGUUAUGCUUGGGUACUUUAGAUAUUUCUCUGGGCAUGGGCCAGUUACGUGCGAUAAUCGCUGCGUUGAGUCCUGCAGAAGUUGUCGUGGACUCUACUUUAUCUGAUCAUUUGGAAGAUCUACGUGAGAUGGCAACUUACCUUGGAUUUGAAUUGACUUCUUUUGACUGUUUCGAGGAUGUGACUCAUGCAACAGUCGGCGAUAAGGAUGCUACAGUUGCUGAAGUUGAUUACACCGAUUUCAUGAAUAAGGUCAACGCAACACUGGGACACCAAACAUUUAUGUACCAAAGGGUGAUACUUCUUGUACAGCGAUACUUAAAAUCUGUUAUGCUGAAUAAUCUACUUAACUACUGUACAAUUAGUAUUUUAUCGAGUAACUACCGCGAUUGCAUGACUUUGGAUUGUGCAGUUUUAACACAACUUGAACUAUUUAAAUCCCAGGAAGGCGAUGUUUCCUCAAGUUUAUUUGGAGUUUUGAACAAGACCUCUUGUGCAUUCGGGGAGCGUAUGCUACGCCAAUGGCUUUUGAAGCCUCUUACGUGUGCUAAUCGUAUAAAUGAACGCAGUGCGGUGGUUGAGUUCUUUCAUCAAAACUUUUCCGUAUGCAGGGCAUACCAGGACCAACUAUGCCAACUACCAGAUUUAGAACGUUCAUUUGGCAAAUUGCUCAAUGCUGCUGCUGGAUGUUAUAAGAUGGCAGUAUACUUUGACGAAGGCAUUUUCUUAAAGCAGUAUACUAUGCACCAGAUGAUGGAGCAGUUUAUGUUACUUCAGCGGUACGUUAAAGCUUUGUUUUCUGACUGUGGCAAGACUGGCCAGGACUUACCUAUUUUAUUACAGGAUAUGAACAAGGCAAUUCAGGAUGUGGCACCUCAUUGCGAAUACUUCCUAUCACUUUUGGAUAUAUCCGGUCCCAAAUCAUGCCAUACCCGUUCUGGAGUAUGGCAAGAAUCCGAUCGCGUUCGCGAUUUAAUAAAUCAGACAGUUUCAGCUCUGCAGAAGGAGCUUGAAGAAAUUCGUGAUAUGUGUCCAUCGGCUAAAUUUGUGCAUACCAAGUUUCGUUAUGAAGUUGAAAUUCAGGAAAAGGAAUAUCGUCGCAUAGCAACUGCAAAGGCAUUUGAGGUGACUUCCACUAGAUCGGGCUUUGUACGCAUACACAACAGGGUCAUUGUAAGUCUUGUUGCUGACCUAAGUGACCACGAAUUUGCCUUGAGUCAAAGUGAAUUACAGUUUUUCCAACACAUGGUUAAGCAACUGCACGAUCGGCGUGAUGUUUUCAAUAAGCUAUUGGUCAUUGCUGCGGAGUUAGACUGCCUAUGCAGUCUUGCAGCAGUUGCUAAAAAUUCGGUGUUACCGCUAACCCGUGCCGAAGUGAUUGAUCGGGGUACAGCAGAACCGUUUGUGCUGAUACGUGAUGCUGUUCAUCCUAUUGUAUCCCAGAUUGACCCGGAGGGUUUUGUACCAAACGAUGUACAGCUGGGACAUGGUGACUACCAGCCGUUGAUACUGCUUACUGGACCUAACAUGGGCGGUAAAUCUACGUUACUGCGACAAGUAGCAUUAUGUGUUAUAAUGGCCCAGAUGGGCUCUUUUGUGCCUGGAUCUGAGUGCAAGAUGACAGUGGUAGAUCGUGUUUUCACUCGUUUGGGUGCCUACGAUAACAUUAUACAGGGCAAGAGUACGUUCCUAAUUGAAAUGGAAGAAGCAAGUACCAUAUUGCACUCGGCUACACGCGAUUCAUUAGUGUUGGUUGACGAGCUUGGUAGAGGAACUUCAACUUUUGAGGCUACUGCCAUUGCAGCUGCCUGUUUGGAAAAGUUAUCAGCUAUAGGAUGCCGCGGCGUGUUUACAACACAUUUUCACGAGGUGUGGUCAUACGCCAAGAAGUUGGAUAAUGUAUCUCUUUGCCAUAUGGCGGCUUCUCUCGAUGAUAAGGAAAAGAGCAUUACGUUCCUGUACAAGCUCUCACUAGGACUCUGUCCCGAAUCGCAUGGUAUUCACGUAGCUCGGCUAGCAGGGAUACCUAAACACGUUACUGACAUGGCAGAGGUCGUGUCUAGAUCAUAUAGAGCGUCUAAGCGUCCUAUAAAGUCGAUUCUACAGGCGUUGCUAGAAGCGCACAAGCAAGAUGACGAACCACUGUUUAGGAGACUCUACGAUGAACUACGCAAUUCACUCCAUAUAUAGCACAAUGCU